CUUAAGUAGCUAGCUUAGCACAUCUGCCGCGCUGUUUUUAAUGUUUAUGUAGUUGUCCUCUGGGCGUUAAAUAGCACGGCUGUCUGCAGUCCAGGUGACAACUACCAACAAUGGGACUUUUUGCGCAUGUCAUAAGGAACGUUUUGGGGAAAAUCCAUGGAGUUUUUCUAAAAGUUAUCUUGUUUCCGAGCUCAUUUGGAAGACGGACCGGCCCGCUGCCCGCCUCCUCGGAGGUGCUCACGUGCCACUUGCUGCAGAGGAGACUUCCGGCGUGGACGUCAUUCUGUAUCCGGUACAGCGCGGUCCUCAACGACCAGUUCGGACUGUCCAACUUCAACUGGAACGCUGGGGACUUGAACUACCACAUUCUGCGUACGGGCUGCUUCCCCUUCAUAAAGUACCACUGCACCAAAGCGCCGCCACAGGACCUCCACUUUCACAACAACUUUUUCACAGUGCUGAAACUCAUUAAUUUGGGCAUCCCCUGUUUAGCCUAUGGCAUCGGAUGCUGGAUGGUGAUUGGUGCUGCAGAAACAGUGCAGACGAGUGCUGGACCUGUUACAGUCUAUUUUGCUUACAAGGAGGAAGAAGGUGCACAGUAUUAGUCCAGG